AUGGCCAAGGGAGGAGUUACCAAGCGCGGAAAGGACCCUAACGCCCCCAAGCGUGCCAUGUCCGCCUUCUUCUUGUGGAUGCAGGAGAACCGCCAGCGCCUGAAGAAGCCGGGCAUGAGUGUCAGCGACGUCGCCAAGGCCGCCGGUGUCGAAUGGGGCAAACUCAGCGACAAAAGCGAAUGGGAGAAGAAGGCAGAGGACGACAAGAAGCGAUACGAAAAGGCGAUGGCCGAGUACAAAAAAGGCCAAUAA